AUGAUGAAGUCGCUGAUCGCUGUGCUGCUGGUGGCAGCGACGGCACAAGGACACUAUACCUUCCCUCGUCUAGUUAUCAAUGGCAAGGCCGAAGCAGCAGACUGGACUGCAACGCGCAUGACCAAGAAUGCACAGAGCAAGCAGGGGAUUGAGAACCCUACGGUUGCCGACAUACGCUGCUACCAAUCCCGUACUGCUCCCGAGGUCGUCGAGGUACCUGCUGGGGCAACUGUGCACUAUGUUUCUACUCAACAGGUCAACCACCCAGGCCCGACGCAGUACUACAUGGCCAAGGUGCCGGCAGGCCAGAGUGCCAAAACCUGGGACGGAUCCGGAGCAGUGUGGUUCAAGAUAUACAGCAGCGAGACACCCAAGGUGGACAACAACAAGCAGCUUUUCUGGCCCGGGCAGAAUGAAUAUACGCUGGUGCCAGCCACCAUUCCCAAGAACAUACCCAACGGAGAGUACCUAUUACGCGUGGAACAUAUCGCUCUGCACAUGGCUUCGCAGGCCUACAAGGCACAGUUCUACCUGUCUUGCUCGCAGAUCAACGUUUCCGGCGGUGGCAGCGGUGCACCCGGACCCCUUGUUUCAUUCCCAGGGGCUUAUAGGAGCGCAGACCCCGGCAUCCUGGUCAACUUGAACACUGUGGCAACUUCACCUGCAUCAUAUGUUGCACCGGGGCCGGCUGUGUGGAGAGGCUAA